AUGGGUGGUAUGGGACAAAUGGGUGGUAUGGGACAAAUGGGAGGUAUGGGACCAAUGGGUGGUGGAAUGGGACAAAUGGGUGGUAUGGGACAAAUGGGAGGUAUGGGGGGACCAAUGGGAGGAAUGGGGGGAAUGGGCGGACCUAUGGGAGGAAUGGGCGGACCUAUGGUUGGAAUGGGAGGACCUAUGGGUGAAAUGGGAGGAUCUAUGGGUGGAAUGGGAGGAAUGGGGGGACCUAUGGGAGGUAUGGGAGGCCCUAUGGUCGGAAUGGGAGGCUCUAUGGGCGGAAUGGGUGAACUUAUGGGAGGAAUGGGACAAAUGGGAGGAGGUAUGGGACAAAUGGGAGGAAGUAUGGGACAAAUGGAAGGAAGUAUGGGACAAAUGGGCGGUGGUAUGGGACAAAUGGGUAAUGGAAUGGGAGGAGGCAUUGGCUCCAUGGGACCAAAUCAGAACUCCACUGGAUAA